AAUUUGUAUAUUUAGAAUUAAACUUCUUUCUCUUUGGUGAUCGAUUGUCUUUAACCAAUCAAGUCCUCUGCAAACUGAAAAGGGUGCUAAGUGCUGACUGCUGAGAGUCUGUGAAGGUUAAAGACAGGUCGUAUAUUGCAAGAUGUCGGAAACACCAGGAAGACCUAUGAAGUAUCCAUACACUAUCUCUGCUAAAGUUGCCCAGUUUCCAUUCAAGUUUUACUAUAACAACCACUGGAUCUUCAAGUACUGGUUUUUUGGUAUCUUGGCAUCUGCCCCACUUUUCUACAAAAUUGGAAAACUUUCUUAUUCUCCAGACAACGUUGCCAAGUGGGAAAAAAUCCGACAUGACAACUUCUCAGGACACCAUGAACACUAACUUACACUCCAAAAUUAGUACGUCUAUAAAACAAUGUUUUUUUGUUAUAAUUAAACUCAUUACAUAGCUUA